AUGAAGUCCAGCUUCACUCUCGCCCUGGCGGCGCUUACUUCUAUCGCUUCUGCUCUUCCUGCUGCGCCCAAGUUUCGCAGACAGAACACGACUUCCGAUGGCCCAGUCGGUUACGCCUCCCUGAACGGAGGCACGACUGGUGGUGCCGCAGGCGCAUCGACUACCGUCUCUUCCCUCGCUGGCCUCACCGCUGCCGCUGAGGCCGACGGUGCUGCUGUCAUCUAUGUCAAGGGCAUCAUCAGCGGCGCUGCCAAGAUACGUGUCGCUAGCGACAAGUCCAUCCUCGGCGUCGAUUCCAGCUCAGGGCUUGAGGGUGUCGCUCUGUACAUCAAGGAUGUUUCCAACGUCAUCGUUCGCAACCUUGCCAUCAGCAAGGUCCUGGCCGAAACUGGUGAUGCUAUUGGCAUCCAGAAGAGCACCAACGUCUGGAUCGAUCAUGUGGACUUGAGCUCCGACAUGGACCAUGGCAAGGACUACUACGACGGCCUGCUUGAUGUUACCCACGCCGCCGACUACGUCACGCUUUCGAAUAUCUACUUCCACGACCACUACAAGGUCUCUCUCGUCGGCCACAGCGACAGCAACGCUGAUGAGGACACUGGCCACUUGACCGUCACCUACGCCAACAACUACUGGUCAAACGUCAACAGCCGUCUCCCAUCCGUCCGAUUCGGUACUGCCCACAUCUUCAACAACUACUUCGACGGCGGCGACACUGGUGUCAACACCCGCAUGGGCGCUCAGGUCCUCGUUGAGAGUACCGUUUUCGAAGGCGUCAAGUACCCCAUCACCAGCAAGGACAGCGAUGAGACUGGCUCCGCCAUUGCCAACGACAUUGUUUGGGGUGCGGGCGAACAGACUGCUCCAGAGGGCACUCUCACCAGCGUUCCGUACGAGUACACUCUGCUGGGCAGCGGCAAUGUUAAGGCUGCUGUUGUUGGCACUGCUGGCAACACCCUUACUCUCGGCUAA